CGUCAAGAACAUGAUCACCGGAGCCGCCCAGAUGGACGGCGCCAUCCUCGUCGUCUCUGGCGCCGACGGCCCCAUGCCCCAAACCAAAGAGCACAUCCUAUUAGCCAAGCAGGUCGGCGUCCCCAACAUGGUGGUCUUCCUCAAUAAGCAGGACCAGGUUGACGACGAGGAGCUCCUCCAGCUCGUCGAGCUCGAGGUCCGCGAGCUUCUCACGUCCUACGAAUUCCCCGGCGACGACGUCCCUAUCAUCUCCGGCUCCGCCCUCCUCGCUCUCGAGGCCCUCAUGGCCAAUCCCAGCAUCAGCCGUGGUGAGAACCAGUGGGUCGACAAGAUCUAUGAGCUCAUGGAUGCUGUUGAUAACUACAUCCCCAUCCCUCAGCGCCAGACCGACCUCCCCUUCCUCCUCGCCAUCGAGGACGUCUUCUCCAUCACCGGCCGUGGCACCGUCGCCACCGGCCGUAUUGAGCGUGGCACGAUCAAAAUUGGUGACACCGUUGACAUCGUCGGCCUUAAGGACACCCGCACCACCAUCGUCACGGGGGUCGAGAUGUUCCAGAAGACCCUUGACGAUGCCAUGGCCGGUGACAAUGUCGGGCUGCUUCUCAGAGGUAUCCAGAAGGCUGACAUCCAGCGUGGAAUGGUCCUUGCCAAGCCUGGCACCAUUACGCCGCACACUAAGUUUGUUGCCAUCGUGUAUGUGCUCAAGAAGGAGGAGGGCGGCCGGCACUCACCCUUUUUCGCUGGCUACAGGCCACAAUUCUACAUGCGGACGACAGACGUUACCGGGAAGGUAUCGUCCAUCAUGAAUGAUAAGGAUGAGGAGUCGAAGAUGGUCAUGCCCGGAGACCGUGUCAAGAUGGUUGUGGAGCUCAUCAUGCCUGUUGCCUGCGAGCAGGGUAUGCGGUUCGCCAUCAGGGAGGGCGGCAAGACUGUCGGUGCUGGUGUCAUUCAGUCCAUUAUCGAGUGAUUGAACAGGAUAGAUAAGAUUUUCUCCUAUUCUUGUUCUCCUUACUCUAUUGCUUUCUUACCACUUUGUUGACGGUGGUUGCUUGACUCAGUUGUACUGCUUGGUUUGUAAGUCAGCCAUUAUUAAAUCAAAGAUACAUCAGCUGCAGGUUCUCAAUCUGAGGACCACCAAAGAUCCACAUUUGUCAUAUAUUUCCAGUUUUGUGUUUCUUUUUGUAGUGUUGUUCUGUCCUUGUGGGUAGAAACUUGAAACAAUAGAACUGUGUAAUUUCAUUUUAAUUGUUGUUUUGGAUGAUGGUGUU